AAUGUCAUACGACACAGCACUCACAGUAUUUUCUCCAGAUGGUUAAUUAUUUUAAGUUGAAUAUGCUAUGGAAGCAGUUAAGAGAGGUCUUUGCUGUGUAGGUGUAAGAGGAAAAGAUGCUAUAAUAUUGGGAGUAGAAAAGAAAUCAGCAUCAAAAUUACAAGAUGUAAAAACAAUUAAGAAAGUAUAUUAAUUGGGUAUUUUAAUUAUACAAUAUAUAUCUAGAUCAUAAUCUUUGUAUGACAUUUUCUGGAUUGAAUGCUGAUGCAAGAAUCUUAGCUAAUCAAACUAGAUUAUAAUGUUAGCAAUACAAGAUUUAUUACGAAGAUGAUCCUUCUGUUGAUUAUAUUGCCAAAUUUACUAGUCAAUAAUAAUAAAAAUUUACUUAAAGAGGAGGUGCAAGACCUUAUGGAAUUUCAACUCUUAUUGCAGGAUUUAGUAAUAAUAAACCAAAGCUAUUUUAAACUGAUCCAUCAGGAGCUUGUUCUGAAUGGAAGGCUACAUCAUUGGGAAAGAGUGCAAAAUAAGUCAAAGAUUUCUUAGAGAAGCAUUGGAGAGAAGGAUUGCAUGAAAAAGAUGCUCUUUUACUUACUACUAAAGUAUAUUUAUAUAAUUAAAUAAUAAAAUAGGCUUUGAUGGAUGUAGUUGAGAGUGGUAACAAAAAUAUUGAAUUAUGUGUUAUUAGAAAGAAUGAAUGCUGGUUUUUGAAUGAAAAUGAAGUUGAAGAAUUAACAAAGAUAACAGCCUAAUUAUAAUGAA